UAUCCAAUUUCAGAUAUUCAAACAAUGAAGACAAACCAGACACUCCUGGAGGAAUUCGUUCUCAUUGGUUUUUCCGUUUACCCACAUGUGUAGGCAUUCCUCUUUGUGAUCUUCUUUUGUCUCUAUUUUCUCACCCUUGCAGGUAACCUGGCCAUCAUGGGUUUGACUUGGGUGGACAUAUCUCUCCACAUCCCUGUGUGCCUCUUCCUUAGUGCACUCUCUUUCUCUGAGACCUGCUACACAUUGACUAUUAUCCCCAAGAUGCUGAUAGAUCUCCUGGCCAAGAACAGAAGCAUUUCAAUUGCAGGUUGUGGUUUACAAAUGUGUUUCUUUCUGGGACUUGGUGGUACAAACUCUAUCAUUCUCAUUUUGAUGGGGUAUGACCACUUUGUGGCCAUCUGCAACCCUCUCAGUGAUCCCUUGCUUAUGACCAACAUUGCAUGUGAACCACUUGUGGCUUCUGCUUGGGCUGGAGGCUUCUUUAUCUUGCUGAUAGAGACAUCGUUGAUCUUCAGGGCUUAUUUCUGCAUUCCCAACCUCAUCAAACACUGCUUUUGCCACAUGCAGGCAGUUAUGAGGCUGUCCUGCCUAGACAGUGACUACAUAGAAUUCAUGGUAAUGGUGAUCUCAGUGUCUGGCUUGCUGAGUACUUUCCUGCUUAUCCUUCUGACUUAUGUGUUCAUCCUGUCCACUGUCCUCAGGAUCCCUUCUGCUGAAGGCAAACAGAAGGCAUUUUCCACUUGUGCCUCCCACCUCACAGUGGUCAACAUCCACUUUGGUUUUGCAUCUGUUGUGUAUCUGAGGCCAGGUGCGUCUGAGGGAGAUAACACACUCCUAGCUGUCCCUUAUACUGUCAUUACCUCCUUUCUCAGCCCCAUGAUAUUCAGCUUCAAGAAUAAAGAUAUGAAAAAUACUUUUAUAAAGAUGCUGGGAAAGACAGUUGCCUUGAAAAAAUAG